CACCACAUCCCUGCAGUCACUUGUUGGUAGAGUGCAAGAUGGCAGUCAGCUGGCUGUGCAUGUGCGUCCUCCUCUCUGCUUCCCUCUCCGCUUACGCCAUGCCCGACGAAGACCUCGACAAUGCCGUGGGACUAAUUGAGUCGGUGGAUUUGUCGGAUGAGGGUGUUCAAAAUGCUGCCUUGUAUGCUUGUCAAAAUACCAGCUGUACUGUGUUGGAGGCUGAAAGACAGGUUAUUGCUGGAUUCUAUUAUUAUCUGUCGGUGAUGACUAGUGGGAGUGGCCAAUCCGCUGGACAAAUGAAAUGCAACUUUGAAGUGUAUGAUCGUCCCUGGGAGGAGUCGAUGUCACUUGAAAAAUCUGAAUGCACACCGCAAUGAGACCAGACCUCCCGUCAUCUGUAGUCCCCAGCGUGUUCAUCUGCACCUCCACUCUGUCAUGGUGCACAGGUUCACAUGGAAUUCCUAAUACAUGAAUGCAGCAAUAUUCACGAGACACUCGUGUCAUGAUUGUAUUUCAUAAUUCAAUAAACUUUUUCCCAAGCAAAA